CCCGGUCUCUGGAGGAGCCCAGGAAGGAGGCUCUGCUGGUGCCGCCGGGUCAACGGCUGCCGGGACCGGGCUGCGGCAGUCGUUAGCAGGUCAUGUCGGCCGCCCAGGGCUGGGACAGGAACCGCCGGAGGGGAGGAGGCGCGGCUGGCGCUGGCGGCGGAGGUAGCGGGGCCAGCGGGGGUAGUGGGGGCAGCGGGGGUCGGGGGACUGGCCAGCUCAACCGCUUCGUGCAGCUCUCCGGGCGGCCGCACCUACCAGGUAAGAAGAAAAUACGAUGGGACCCAGUUAGGAGGCGCUUCAUUCAGUCCUGUCCCAUCAUAAGGAUCCCUAACAGGUUUUUGAGAGGCCAUAGACCUCCACCAGCGCGCAGUGGGCAUCGCUGUGUGGCCGAUAAUACCAACCUCUAUGUGUUCGGAGGGUAUAACCCGGACUACGAUGAAUCAGGAGGGCCAGAUAAUGAAGACUAUCCUCUAUUCAGGGAGCUGUGGAGGUAUCAUUUUGCCACGGGAGUAUGGCACCAAAUGGGUACAGAUGGCUACAUGCCCCGGGAAUUGGCAUCUAUGUCACUGGUGCUGCAUGGAAACAACCUGUUAGUGUUUGGAGGUACAGGCAUUCCCUUUGGUGAGAGCAACGGCAACGAUGUUCAUGUCUGUAAUGUGAAGUAUAAGAGAUGGGCUUUACUCAGCUGUCGGGGGAAGAAACCCAGUCGUAUAUAUGGACAGGCCAUGGCCAUCAUCAAUGGGUCUCUUUAUGUUUUUGGAGGGACAACUGGCUACAUUUACAGCACAGACUUGCACAAGUUAGAUCUCAAUACCAGAGAGUGGACACAGCUGAAACCCAACAACCUGUCCUGUGACCUCCCAGAGGAAAGAUACAGGCAUGAAAUCGCUCACGAUGGGCAGAGGAUUUAUAUCUUGGGAGGUGGUACUUCCUGGACAGCGUAUUCCUUAAACAAGGAUUAUUAUGAGUUAUUCAUAAUAUGUCAUGUGCUGUGUCCUAUCAGUGUCAUUACUCAUCUGUAUGUAAGUAAUGGAAUUUCUAUGUUUAUGUGUUUGGAAGGUUUUCCUGCAGCCCGAAGAUGUCACAGUUGUGUUCAAAUAAAAAAUGAUGUGUUUAUUUGUGGGGGCUAUAAUGGAGAAGUCAUCCUGGGAGAUAUCUGGAAGUUGAACCUACAGACCUUUCAAUGGGUAAAACUCCCUGCUACCAUGCCAGAGCCAGUUUAUUUUCACUGUGCAGCUGUUACACCAGCUGGUUGCAUGUACAUUCAUGGAGGAGUGGUGAACAUCCAUGAAAACAAACGGACUGGGUCAUUGUUUAAGAUCUGGCUGGUGGUGCCUAGCCUGCUGGAACUGGCAUGGGAGAAGCUGCUCGCCGCCUUCCCCAAUCUAGCAAACCUCUCUCGAACACAGCUUCUGCACCUUGGACUAACACAGGGCCUCAUCGAGCGCUUGAAAUGAGGAUUUCUGGACUGUUCAUUGAUACUGGAAAUGUUAAUUUAAGAGACUCUUUUAUUUAUGGGCAGUGUAGAAUGUGCUACAAAGAGGAUUGGUACCCUGAUCAAGGCCUUAUUCAGAAAAUACAUCAGAUGCCUUUCUGUAAAUUGGUUUUUUAAGUUUAUGGACAUAUCACUUUCCCAUGAGCUUUUUCUUUGCUUCUUUCCCCUCUGCCCUAGUAUACACCCACAUACUUACUCACAUAUUCCCUUUUACUUGAUAGAAGUAAGGGAAAGCCUGAAGGUACCUUAUUAAUUUUCUGAAAUAAGAUGUGAUAAAGAAGUUUUUAAAAAGGAAUUCUGAACAUACUGACCAUGUCAACCAAUGCUCCACAAAUUAAAAUGUUAUUAUUAGCAAAGAUAAAAUUUAAAAAUCCAGCAACAGCUACAAGUAGUAGUUUGGAGGAUAGAAUGAAAGACUAAAUGUUAUAGUCUUGCAGGUUAUCCUUAAACCUGGGUGUUUAAUUUGGUCUUUUCAAGAUAUGUCUGAGUAGCAGGCUCUAAUGGCAGCAGUGGCUGUGUUGCUGCAUGGGUACUGAAACCUGUCCUUUGGCUUUGGAGGAAAGUGAGGUAGCUCAGCAGUGAUUUCUCCUCAUAGUACCAGCAAUGGACAGAGUUGACUUCUCAAAAGACGUGUGUGUGUUAUAGUCUUUAUGUUAUUCUUACAUUGAGAAACUUACAAUUGUCAAAAAAAAGUUUUAAAUUGAAAAACCUGUGAUUGUCAGAGUUCUUUUAGGCAGUUUUGAAAUUUUCUGAUGCUUAUUAAGGUUUUAAAUAUCUCUCUGAAUUCUUCACAGGGAAUUAUAGAUCCUAAACAUGCAGUGUGAAGGCCAGAGUGGGAGAGCGGGACAGCGAGCACCUGUGCCCUUUGGACUUGCUAACUUGGCUUCUACUUUGACUCUCACAUUGGCCAUUUCCUUCUCAGCACUUGUUUCCGUCCCACUCUCUAGACCAUGUCCCUGCCAUUUUCUCAGGCAGGUGGCCCAUGAUUACUCUAGCUUGUUGCCUGUUUUGCUGUCUGCUUCAUUGUGCAAGGUGCUGUUCUUGUCUAGUAAUAGGAUAAAAGGGCUUGAAAGAAAACCCACAGGUUGUCCUUCCUCAUGAACCAAAUAUCAUUUUAAAACUAGCACAAGGAAAGAAUAUCAUUUGCUUUUUUUUUUGGUGUGAAAUUUUAGUUCUGUUUUGUUAAUUCUCAGAAUGACCUAUGUCUUUACAUGCUUUGCCAUCAUACUGCUAGAGGAGGUGAGCAGGCUGCUCUGUGGCCCUGUGGGCACACAGGUGUUCUCAAGGUGCUGAAGGGGCACGGGCAGCACAGUAUGAUGCUCCCACAGUCCCCUGAUUACAGGACACCCACACAGGAGAUUUCAGACAUAUUUUUUCCUUUAAGUGCCUCUUUUCACCCUGCUUUUAAAAUCCAUUUUUCUUUUACCCCAGAAGGAAUCUCUGGCUGAUGUGUAUAUUUGAAAUAUCUUUGAGUUAUGGCUAAAAAGUUACCAUCUGAUGUUCAAUUCUGGGGAAGAGAAAACCAGUUUUCUAUUCUUGGACUCCUAACUUCUAAGCCUUAUUCUGUCUCAUUCAUGUUGGAUUGAGUUCAUAGAACAUGUAUUCUGCAAAGCCUUGUAAGAACUCAGUCUGGGAGUUUGGGUCCUUUCUUGGGGGUAAGAAGUGUGAGGGAGACACAGGAAAAAGAGCAGCUCCCCAUCUUCCCCUACAGCUUGCCAUUCCCAAUCCUGAAGCAUUUAACCUUUUGCCACCAUCUGCUAGGAAAGUCAGUCAGAGCAGCCCCACCAGUUCAAAACAGCCUUGCUGCAUGACUCCAACCUGCUCUCUGGAUAUGUGGUAGAAUUAUAUUCCAAAUUAAACAUGUGAUGCUAUUUAAAGCAUCAAAAGGAUUUUUGCCAUUGAAAUACACAAGGACCAAAGACUGAAUGCUCAAUUUCUACGCUUAGGCUGCCUGGGGCCUUGGGCCAUGGGCAGGUCUCUGCUGCACAGAAAGCUGGAGACAAGAGUCUGAGUCAGUCCAUGCUGGCUGGCAUUUUUAAGAAAACGCUUCUGAGUACAGUCUUCUUCAAGGUAGAUGUUGGAGGCCUGGCACUGAAGCCCUUGUGUGUGACAUUUUCAGAAAAGAACAUGUUCUUGGUCUAAUGUGUCUUUUUAUAACACUAGAAAAUGAUGUGGUACAACCAGCUUGGGAGUAUGGUAGAGUCUCUCAUAUGUGCCUGCUUUCAGUACCAAAUGAGACUGUGUCUGAGUAGUUAGAUGAGGGUGACUGGACUUUAUAGAAGGGUCACUGGGCACUUUACUGGAUCUCUAACCAGCACUUGAAAACAAGUUAUGCUGUUACUUGGUGUGGGAAAGGCUAUGCCUGCUGCUUUUCUGCCUCUCCACAGAACUCCCCUCUUCCUGCAGUCCUGGAAACUGAAGUGCAAUAUAUAGUAAUACCUAUGGAUAUAUACAGAGUAUGUAGGGGAUGUGACUAUAAAGCAGCUAGCUUUUUUUGUAUCUUGAGGAAGCCAGCUCACUACUUUAGAAUAAAAUUAUGACAACAGUUGUCAUUGUGAUCACUUGGCUCUUAGCAAAGCUGAAUUUUCAAGUCCAUGUUUUUUUACUCCAGUUCAUAGAGACUUACUGUUCCUUGGGUUCAUUAGAGUUGAAAUUUUUCUCCAGUUACCUUUGUACUAUGUCCUGUGUAUAUAUGUCCUGCCCAGGAACAAGGAAGUCCACUUGUAAGGCAUUUCUUAAGUGGAGAAUCAAAACCUAAUAUUUAGUGCUGUCAGUUCUUUCAUAUAUACACAAACUUAUCUGAAACUGUACUACCUUAUUAAAUGAUGAAAAUGCUUUCCUCAUUUUAUGAAGUAUUUGCCAUGCCCUGAAUAUAUUGCAAACUGAUGUAGACUAGAUUGAGAUUUUAAUCAUUGUCCAGGGGCCAAAUAAAAUCCUUUCCACUGGCAGAAUCUUUUUUUCAGGGCCCCAAUCACAUGAAGAACAAAUUUGCUCUACACCAGUCACAUCCAUUGCAUAGUGAGAUUUUAAGGUAUAAAAAUAAACAUAUUAACAUUUCUAAGCAAAAGGUAUGUUGACAGUGACCUUUGGGUACCCAGAGCAGCAAGAGUAAAAAGCUCAGAUUACAGAAGUCUGUAGAUAAUCAGUGUUUCAAAUUUUCUAUCAAACUGUUGACUCAUUUAUAUCUCUUUUUCCACUUAGUCCCAUUCCCAUGGCCACUUCCUUUUCAGUGGAAUGAGGCAUUAGGACAGGGAACAUCACAGAGGGGCUAGCAACUAGCAAAUACAUAUGCAGCCCAUGUUGCUAUACUUGGUUCAUUAUUGGCGCUACUGUGAGGAGCCACAGUUGGUAUCCCUGAGUUUAGGUAUCAGUCUUGGGCACCAUCUCCUGCCAGGUCCUAGACUGACUCCCCUAAACCACCAGAGAACUCGUAGCACCUGUGGGAAGAACAAGCUGUGUGUGAAAGGCACAGGGAUCCCAUCAUUUUAACACAUUUCUUUGGCUCUUGACAAAUCCUUGCUGUUUUGUUUCUUCCUUUGGUGAUACUGUCUCCACCAUAUAGCCUGGCAUAUAAGAAAGCUUGGAUUACUCUCUGACUGUGUUGGUCUGUAUACCCUAAAAAACCACUUUGUUUUUACGUGUUGUUAUGGAUGUUUAGAGUGGCACUCUCUACUUGCCAGCAAUCUGAUGUAGCACAAAAAGCCAUUUUUCUUUUUCUUUCCUUUCAUUUUUCUGGCAUUGAGCUCCAGGGUACAUGAUGGCUUAUGGCCUUAUGACCAUAUGUUCCAAAAAAUGGUCACCAUAAGUUUAAAUUUUGUUGGUUCCCUGAAUGCCUUGGAACUCUCAGAAUGUUGGCAGGGCCUGGGGAAGGCUGCUUGGAGCUCUGCAGCCUCGAUGUGCCGGCACCAGAUCAUGCGCAGCAGUGGCAUUUCCCUUCUGAGGUUGGAGACUUGGUGGAGAACAACCUUUCCUCAUCUGGUGUUAUGAACAGAAGUUCUAAGUCAUGCUUAAAAAGUAAUAUUCAUCUUUUUGGUGUAAAUUUCAUGUUUUUAAUUUUUUAAAAACUUGUGAAAAGUUCUUUAUUGGCCCUGCUUAGUCAGUGUACAGGGUGAGUCAGAGGCAGUUUUCAGAGAGAAAGCCAAUUUCACCAAGCGGUAGUGACUGCUGAUUUCCUAAUUAAACAUCUAGAAUAUAAAGGAGGCAUCAGAAAAUAUGCUGACUCUCCCUAAGGCCCCUGCCAUGCAAAGAGCUGCACAGGGAAAUGCAGGCACCUCCCUGUAACAGCGCCUAUGGUGGCAAGCCACUGGGAGAACCAAGCAUGAAAGAGGGGCCUCUCUAAAUCAUGUCUCUGAGGGGUGAGCCCAGGCUUCGCUCUUUUCGCAGGGUAUGCUAAGGCCACACACAAUGCUUGCCUUACUUUAAAGCUAUUUGCCACAGUCCUGUUCAAUAGUGUGGAAGUCCUUUUGCAGUCUGGUGUGCAUGCCAUAUGAUCAGGACAGCUUUUCCAUCAGGAAAUAUACUGAAUUUAUUCUGAAAUGUCCAAUCUGUAUUUAUGUACCUUGUCAGUGUUUUGCUGUUGGUUUUCUAAAACAAUCUGAUCAAUAAAUCUUAUUCA